AAUUUUAAGCGAUACAAGACGCCAUAUUGCUCUCAGCUGGACUCGGGAGUUUGCGUGAAGGAAAUAAGAAUACCUAGCUACACCUAGGCGUUUCUGACAUUAUUCAUCUUAAAUGGACGAGAUGGCAAGCCCAGGGAAUGACCGAAUGAAGAGUUACAAGAACAAAGCGCUGAACCCACAGGAGAUGCGCCGGAGGAGAGAGGAGGAGGGGAUCCAACUCCGCAAACAGAAGAGAGAAGAGCAGCUGUUCAAGAGGAGGAAUGUGUGUGUGCCCUCGGGUGACGAGUCCAUGUUGGAAUGCCCUGUCCAGGACCCCGACAUCAGCUCCACUGCACCAGUCUCAGGUGAAGGUGUCAUAACUCCAGACAUGAUCCAGAUGAUCUUCUCUGAGGAUCCAGACCAGCAGCUGAUUGCCACACAGAAAUUCAGGAAGUUACUCUCCAAAGAGCCCAACCCUCCCAUCGAUGAGGUCAUUCUCACCCCAGGGGUCGUCAAUAAGUUUGUGGCGUUUCUCAAGAGGAGUGAGAACUGCACUCUUCAGUUUGAGGCAGCCUGGGCCCUGACCAACAUUGCCUCUGGGACCUUCCUGCACACCAAGGUGGUUAUUGAGAUGGGAGCCGUGCCCAUCUUCAUCGAGCUGCUCAACUCGGACUACGAGGACGUCCAGGAGCAGGCCGUGUGGGCCCUGGGGAACAUCGCCGGGGACAACGCAGAGUGCAGAGACUACGUUCUCAACUGUGGCAUCCUGCCCUCACUACAACAGCUGCUGGCUAAAUCCAACCGUCUCACCACAACUAGGAAUGCUGUAUGGGCUCUGUCUAACCUGUGUAGAGGGAAGAACCCCCCCCCUGACUUCACCAAGGUGUCUCCCUGUCUGAGUGUGCUGUCCAGGCUGCUGUUCAGUAGUGACCCAGAUGUGUUGGCUGAUGCCUGCUGGGCCCUCUCUUACCUGUCUGACGGACCCAAUGACAAGAUACAGACCGUCAUCGACUCUGGGGUCUGCCGCAGACUGGUGGAGCUACUCAUGCACAGUGACUAUAAGGUGGUCUCUCCCGCGCUGCGUGCUGUGGGAAACAUAGUGACAGGCGAUGACAUUCAGACUCAGGUGAUUCUGAACUGCUCGGCAUUGCCCUGCCUAUUACACCUGCUCAGUAGUCCCAAGGAGUCCAUCAAGAAGGAGGCCUGCUGGACUGUGUCUAACAUUACAGCUGGAAACAGAGCACAGAUCCAGACGGUGAUAGAUGCCAACAUCUUCCCAGUGCUGAUAGAGAUUCUUCAGAAGGCAGAGUUCCGCACCAGGAAGGAAGCAGCGUGGGCUAUAACCAACGCUACCUCUGGGGGCACUCCUGAACAGAUCAGGUACCUGGUUAGUCUGAACACCAUCAAGCCCAUGUGUGACCUGCUGACAGUGAUGGACAGUAAGAUAGUGCAGGUGUCACUGAACGGCCUGGAGAACAUCCUGAGACUGGGAGAGCAGGAGGCCAAGCAGAACGGCACUGGCAUCAAUCCUUACUGUGCCCUCAUAGAGGAAGCCUAUGGUCUGGACAAGAUAGAGUUCCUGCAGAGCCAUGAGAAUCAGGAGAUCUACCAGAAGGCUUUUGACCUGAUCGAGCACUACUUUGGUGUGGAGGAGGAGGACGCUAGCAUCGCCCCACAGGUGGACCAGAACCAAGGCCAGUUUAUCUUCCAGCAGCAAGACGGGCCCAUGGAGGGCUUCCAGCUCUAACCACACCUUGACCUUUGACCUUCACCCCUCUGAGUAUCUACUACUAUCCCCCCAUCACCCCAGAGAGUCCAGUCUCCAUAGGGCUGUUUUAGACCUGAACUGAUGACACUACCCCAUCUCUCCUCUCUCACUGGACCCACCUGCUCCACCUCUCUCUCCAAAUCUUCCUCCACGCCACCCUAUCUGGAAAGAGCGAGCACGAGAGAGAGAGACUGACUGAAAGACUGACUGAGGACAGCUCAUACUUAGUGUUUGAGAGUUCCUGCAGCUGUAUGAAUAUGAAAGAAAGAGUUGGCUGAUAUUUUGUCUUACUCCCUAAAAUGUUUUUAUUUUAUCAUUAUCAUUUUCAUUUUAUCAUUAUUUCCUGUGAUAUUAUUAUAAUACAUUAUUAUUAUUACGACACUGGUGUCUCAAUCGUCCUCCAUAUCUCCUUUUUAAAUGUGAAAUGACCUCUUCAGUCUUCAAAAAUAAAACAAAAGAUAUGAACACAUGAAGCAUUUGACUGAAGAUUCUCUGGAUUUCACCAGAUAGUCCAAACUAGUAUCCUGAAGAGGUUUAGUGACUGUAUCAGCUCAUUUCCUCACUUGUACCCUUUGACCAGAGUUGAGAGAACAGUAGGCUACUGACAGCCUACUGUUUUCAUUGGGAGGAUGUACAUUGUGUCAAGAUGAUAAUGUGUGUAUCCCAGUGACAUAGUAUUUAAGUUGGAAAGCAACUGCACAUCUUUCUCUGGGGUCUCUCUUCAAUGUUGAAAUGGACUAUGGUUGACCUGGAGAUUCCUAAUCUUAUUUAUUCAGUUGAAAUGUCUUUCUGCUCAUUUGAGAGAAAGAUGGUCAAAAACUCUCAUUAUCUUCUCUACUCCUUGGCCCUGGCUGCAAUAUUAACGUUAGAAUAACAUCAGGACACCAGUUGCAUCGAACUGACCGCAGUAAUGUAGAUGCAUUGUGUAGGGCAGCACUGCAUGUAACUUGCUGCAUUAGUCAAAGCGUUUAGCCAGUCUUAUGCUUAUCUAUAACAAUGUUACGGUAGGAUUGACACAACGUUAGGGUAACGUUGAGGAGUGUUCUGCUUGUGUGAGUGCUCCUUAUUGAAGCGCCGCCUGCAAGCCACAGUACAGGACCAGACGGGUUAGGUUCAGUGACUAGCGUCUGUCGUGUGAUGCAGUGUCUGUAACAAUCUCCAGGUGAAUAAAAACACAGGCUCUGA